AUGAAGCGGACAACAGCAACAUCAGCCCUAGGGGCAAGCAUACUAUUCCUGCCUCUGGCUAUCUCGCAGGCAUCGGGAUCUGCAUCAAAACGAGGCCUUGCAUACAUCGGCGACUCACACCAGGGCGAUGUCAACCUCCUACUCUCUCCCAACUCCAGGAUAUCGUGGUAUUACACAUGGUCCGCCAGCCAAGUCCCGAACGUGAACUCGACCCUCGCGUUCGUGCCUCUGAUCCACGGCGUCGACGAUGCAUCAUCACCGGACGUCCAGGGGGCUAUCAGUGCCCUUCCAGCAUCCUCGACUCAUUUGCUCGCGUUUAAUGAGCCCGACGGAACUACUUCCAGUGGUGGAAGCUCCAUUUCUCCCUCAGACGCGGCACGGUCGUACAUAGACCACAUCGUCCCGUUACGAACCUCAUCCUCGCGCAGCUGGAACAUCUCCCACCCCAGCGUGACGGGGUCCGGGAACGGGCUGGACUGGCUGCGGGAUUUCAACGAGGCCUGCUGGGACAUCGACCCGGACAACGGCUGUCCGACCGAUUUUGUGGCCCUGCACUGGUACGGCAACUUCGAGGGCCUGGCGUCGUGGAUAGGUACGAUAAGAGAGUAUUAUACCAACUCGUCGGAUAGCGGCGCGGUGGACCCAGACAACCUCAAGUUCUGGAUCACGGAGAUGGCCCUGCCGCAGCAGGACGAGGACGACACGGUGGCCAUGAUGAACCAGAGUUUGACCUACCUCGAUGGGCUUGACUAUGUGGAACAUUACUCCUGGUUUGGGGCCUUCCGGAAGGACAACGAUGUGAAUGGAUGGGUGGGCGAUAACGUGGCCCUGUUCAACGACGACGGUGGGCUGACAGACGCCGGCGCUCUGUACCUGGGCGGCGAGGAGGCCGGGUUUGAGGAGGGCAUGAAGGGCAGUGCGAGUAGCCUUGGAGGCAGUGGGAGCGGCAGUGGUCUUCUGCGUGCGUCGCUGCUGGCAGUGUUCGUGGCUGCCAUGGCCACGGCGGUGAAUCUCUGA